ACCAUUAUUCAAGCUUCUGUGUUUCAGGGAACAUAUUUUCAGUGACGUUCCGAUACUAGUUGACGCUAAAGCUAACGUGUAAAGGAUGUCUGAUGCCUCAGAAAACACGCAGAGCUACGAGGAGCUGUUCUCGAACAGAUUCUCACUGGAGGACAGUGAAUACCAGCAAUAUGUGAAACGUCCAGCUGACCCGCCACCAAUUGUUGACGACUGGCGGGGGCGUGGAGGGGGAAACCAGAGGGGCAGGGACAACAGGUACCAGGACCGUCGAGGCUACAGAGACCGCAGUUGGGGAGAAGACAGAAGGUGGCGAGGGGACCGUCGUGGACAGCACUGGCAUGACAGAGACAGGAACUGGGGGCAUGGCAGUGGAUAUCAGUCUGGGUCCAGAGGCUCCAAUCAGGGAUACAACUCUCAUAAUCGUCCACAUUAUGAUCGCUACUGAUUACUCAGAUUUCUACUAUUUACGGUCUCAUGACUUGAGCUUCACUUGUUUGUGGUAGGAUUCAGCUGGUUUCUCCUUUUCAUCGGUGAUGCAGUAAGAGCUGCUUUUUAAAUCUCCUGUUCCUUGUUUUUACUUGUAGCAAAAAUACAUGCAGAGGCAGAAAUUUGCAAUGAUUGUGAUAUGUGAAAUCUGAAUUUCCAAGACAAAUGUAUUCAUGAUACAGCUUUACUUUUACCAUCAGUGUAUGAACUUGCAGAUUAACCUUUGUUUCUAUGAGUAUAUGUAUUUUUUCUAAUAAAAUGACUGCUGACUGUGCAA